AUGGUAGAUUACAUAACUCAGUUUUCAAAUUAUUCCGCACAAGGUAUCAUUAUUUAUGGUCAAGGUGAUUACUAUUUUCCAUAAGAACUACCAUAAAUGUACAUUUCAUCGAAUCAUAAGAACUUCUUUUUAACAGAGGCAGGCACAAUUCUCAAAACUUCUUACUAUGGAGCAUCUAUUAUUGGAAUGCUAGUUUUAUCUAUGUUUGUAGAGUUUCUAUCUUUCGCCAAAUGGUACAUGAUUACUAGAAAGCGUAUUACCAGCACUUGCUUGAAUUCAUUAGUUGACUUAAAUAAGGAUAAGGAGCAGCUUAAAAAAGAGCAGCAUAAAAUAAGGCUUAAAGUCAUUGAGAGAAUUAUUGUCACAAUUUUGCAUUUUCUAAUAAAGGCUUUAAACUUGCUGAUCAUCAUAGUCAUUAUGCAGACUUUUAAUAUAGGCUAUAUAAUUAUUUCAAGCGUAGGAUUUGGUUUGGGACACCUUCUUUUUGGUUUGAUAAAAGAUUCUAUAGUAAUAAGAAAGGUUAAAAGUGAGAGAAAGUAAAUUAACGAGAGAAAGCAAAUACAAAUGACAGAGCUGUUGUCAAAAAGAAGAAAUACUACCGAUACUGAUAGGUUCUGA